AUGUCCAAGGCCACCGUCGCGGCCAUUGCUGCCGCCAGUGCAGCCACGGGUGCCGGUAUCACUGCCCUGUUCUACUCCCGACCAGGCCCCCAGCAACAGAAACCAGCCCCGACACCCACCACUCUUCCACCCCCAACAAGCACCAUCUCCGCACCACCUCCUCAACCUGCAGCUCCCUCCCUCGCCAGUAAAGCCGCAGCCGGCUCCCCCGUCGACCCCUCCGGCAUCUACCAGUAUGGCUUCCCCGGUCCCAUCGCCGACACCAUCUCCUCCCUCCCCCUAACAGGCGCCUACGACCGACGCACUCGCAACCCAUCCUGGGUCGCCGAACACAUCACCCCCGCCUCGCUGGCCCUGAAAAACGCCGACCGCAAACACAGCACCUUCUUCGAAGACACCACCAUCCCGCCCAUCUUCCGCGCCAAGCUCGCAGACUACUUCCGCUCCGGCUACGACCGCGGCCACCAGGUCCCUGCCGCCGACGCAAAAUGGUCACAGGAGGCCAUGGACGGCACCUUCGCCCUGACAAACAUGUGUCCGCAGGUCGGUGAGGGCUUCAACCGCGACUACUGGGCCCAUUUCGAGGACUUCUGCCGCAAUCUGGCGUCCAAGUACCCCUCUGUCCGGGUUGUUACAGGCCCGCUUUAUCUCCCGCACCGCGACCCCGAUGGGAAAUGGAGGGUGAACUAUGAGGUUAUCGGUACGCCGCCGAAUGUGGCUGUGCCAACGCAUUUCUAUAAGGUUGUUUAUGCGGAGGAGGGACCUGGAGUGCCUACUGGGAAGGUGGCGCUUGGUGCGUUUGUGCUGCCGAAUGCGCGCAUCGCGAAUGAGAAGCGGCUGGCGGAGUUUGAGGUGCCGGUUGAGGUGGUUGAGAGGGCGAGUGGGCUUGAGUUUGCGAGCAAGUUGGAGCCUGCGAGGAGGAAGAGACUCUGCCAGGAGAUUAAGUGUGAUAUUACGGUGAGAGAGUUCAAUAAUGCGAAGAAGCGGGCCUAG